AUGACAAGGACAAGUUUUUCAUAUCUGCCUCUGUACAGUCCGCCGUAUCUCCGCCGCCGACGGCGUUUCCGUGCUGUCUCGGCAGUUGGCAGAUGGCGACCACGUGAUAGCUCUUCUAAAUUGGAGGAGCCCUUUUCUAUCAAAGCAUCGCAUGCGGAUAUAAUGAAUUGGUGCAACCUGCACAAGCCCGUGCCCUUCAAGAUAUCGCAGGCCUGGGAAACCCAGCAGCGUCGGCUUGCCAAAGAUGACAAGCAAACGCUGACCUAUACGCUGCAGCAGCUGGGGGCAGUGCUGCUGCAGGUAGAACUGACUGAUGAUCUGUAA